AAUUUUUUGUUCGAAUCAGUUAUCAGUUUAAUGUUUGCUUGCGUUGAAUUUUCAUUCGUAAAAAAAUAAUAAUGAUGAGGAUGGCUGCAUUUAAAUGUUUAUUCGUAAUUUUUGGAUCAUUUUUAAUCGUUCCGGAAAUUGUUGGCCAAGAAUCUGAAACAACAACAACAACAACUGAUAUUGUUGAUUUAAUCACAACAACAACAACAACAAUAUUACCAUUAUCAUCAUCGAAAACAAACGCAACAUUAGAUGAUAAUAACGGUGGUGAUGCUGAAAAAGAUGUCAAAGAAAAUGAUAAACGUCGAGCAAAUGCAUUGAUAAAAUCAAUGCGUAGAUUACCCGGUUGGUAUCUAACAAGUCAUUAUAUUGGUGGUGGUAAUAAAAUGAAUCAACCAAAUCUACCAUCAUCAUAUAAGCAACAGCAACAACAACAUGCACAAUUUGCAAAUGGAUGGCGAGCUGUUUCAUUAUUGACUAGUUCGAAAAUUCCAUCAAGAAUUCCUAUUUCGACAAAUUCGAAUCAAGUUGCCAUACCGGUUUCCGUUGUUCCGAUUAUUUCAACAACAACAACAACAGUGAGCAGUACUGAAAAAUCUAUUUCGACAACAGCGACAGCCGAAGAAGAUAUUGAAAAAUCGAAUGUAGCUUUUUCACCGAUGCCAAUAAAGAUUGAUAAUCCGAAACCGAUCAGAAUCGAUAUGGAUGAUAAAAAUGUUAAUCAAAAUAAUCAAACAUAUGAAAUGAAAUGUUUAAUCAAUGGUAAACAAUAUUCGAAUGGUGAACAAAUAACAAUACCAGAUGAUGGUGAUAAUGAUAAUCCAUGUACAUAUUGUCGAUGUUUUUAUGGACAAAAAAUUUGUCAACAACAUAUUUGUCCAUCGGCUCCUUCAUUGGAUUGUUUAGCCGAACAAAAAUCCGGUCAAUGUUGUCCAAUUUAUACAUGUAAAUCGAUUCAAAUGGAAAAUAAUGCUUCACCAUUACCAUCAGAUGAUUCGACAAAUAUCAGCCAUUCGACGGAUCAAGAAUCAAUGACAGAAACAUUUUUUCUUCAACCAAUUCGAUCAAGAGGUCCACAAUUUAUUGCCAAUGUUCAAUCAUCAUUAUCAUCAUCAACAAAUCAUUCACAAAGACGAAAUGGAAUGUUAAUGCCAAUGAAUCCAUUAGAAUUUCUUUACAACAAUAACAAUAAUAACAAUGAUAAUAAUCCUUCGAUGAAUCGUGUUCAUUUUCCAUCCUAUCAUAAAUCAUCAUCAACAUCAUCAUCAUCGAUAACACAAUCACCGAUUGAUCAAAUCAAAGAUGUAAAUUGGUCAAAUUUGGCAACAAAAUUCAAUCCAAAAUUACCAAUCAAUGAUAUUAUUAGGGUUAAUGAUAAAGAUGACAAAGAUGAAAAAUUAACAAAUUUUGAACCAAUGGAACAACAACAGGCAACCACUAAUAGUUCACCAUUUCGAAGUAGGCCUCAAUCACCGCUGCGACCAAUAUCGACACAUAAAUUAUCACCAUCAUCAUCAUCAUCAUCGGUUGAUCGAGAUUAUCAUCUCCUAAGACCAUCAUUAUCAUCGAAUACAUACAAUCCUUUGAUGGCUACAACAUCCAAACCAUUGAUAACAACAACAACAACAACAACAAGUGCAACGAUUCCUGUUAACAACAACAACAACAAUCUAAUGCCAAACAUAUUUCAAGUAUCGAGCUGUAAUAUCUAUGGUAAAAUGUAUGAAAUUGAUAAACAAAUCGAAGAAUUAAGUAAUCAUUGUAAAAUAUGUAUUUGUUCGAUAACCGGUGUUAAAUGUACGGAUGAUUGUUGAGAUGUGAUGU